UCGACUUGUCAUCGUUGCCUAGCUGGCCUAUUGCUGCGUCUUUCGGCCGCAUCGAGCUGGCGUUCUAGCUUGCUAGCUGCUCUUCUAGGCCAGCUAGCCUUCUUCGUGGUAGGCGGCCACCAAGCUGUAUUUUCCAGCCUACCCUGGUCCGCUGCAUUCUUGCUCAGCCUUGGUCCGCCAACGACACGGCUGCUUCCCGCUAGUCUGGUUCUUGGCCACCUUUUCGCCGGCCCCGUGCUUGUUGCUGCUGCUGGUUUGCCUCUUCUUCUGGUUGGCAUGGCCGCCCGAAUCGAGGUGAACUCAGAACCCUUUGUGUCUACCAAGAAGCUAGACGAUAAUAUCAAGAUCUCUGAGCAGGCUACUGCUCGUGGGACCACUUUCGAUGGCGCUCAUUGCGCUCCUGAUGAUGAUGGAAGCGGGACUAGAAACGAUUGUGACGGGGCUUCUGUUGCGAUUGGAGACGAUCCUUGUGGACAGUGUCGUUACAGCCGUCAUAUGAAGUUCAGCUCUGAUUCCAGCCACAUGAUUUAUGUGAAGGACGAAUUCACACUAUUCGAAUCGCCGACGGCCUGUAGGAUGUUCAUUACAGCCUUGGAUUGUCUGUAUGCCCGUUUUUUAUUCAUCAAUUUACUUUGGGUAGGUCAUUGUUUUUGUCUCGAAGCUUAA